AUGAAGAUAACUCAUGUCUUGCAACGUAACUCAAGCUGUAGCAGAGGAGAUGCAUAUCGGGCAGUCUUGAAGGGGGUUGGAAUAAGAUUCCAAUCGAACGAAAGGAAUAUACAUAUUGCUUAUUGUUCCAACAAGGUAUUAUCAAGGCAAUAUUCUUCAUCUUCGCCGUUAGAUGCACCGCCAUUACAUGUCUUUGCGUCAUGUCUUCCAGGCCUAGAGCCCUUUUUGAAUGAAGAACUUGUGAGUCUCGGUUUUCAGACUCGGCGUACUACUGGUGGGGUUCACUUUCGGGCUUCCAACGCUAAGGAACUUCACAGCUGUCAUUUAUGGUGUGGGACGGCAUCAAAUAUUUACUUGCGAGCAACUGAAGACAAAACCUUUCGGGCCAGAGGAAUGGCCGAACUAAAGAAACAUAUCACUCGACUCAGCUUUUGGGAGGAAUGCAUUGACACUACGGAUCAAUCGCUCUCCUCGGGAUUUGAGAUUCGUGUAAAGUCUUCCAAGAGCAAGCUGUAUCACACGGCAGGAAUUGCGCAGAGAGUUGAAGAAGGAAUUUACUCUGCGCUUGGCAAAGAUACUCCAUCAAAGGAGAUAACUGAAAGCCAGAAUGAUAGUCAGAAGCUCAAGGUGCUUGUCAAGAUUUACCGGGACGAAGUGGAAGUAUCAGUAGACACGUCCUCUACACCUAUUCAUCAACGAGGCUAUCGACUCGAAACAGCGAAGGCCCCUUUGCGAGAAGACUUGGCAUUUGCUCUAUUGUAUUCUACAAAACUAUUUGGAAGAAAUAAUAGUGCCAAUGAUUGGUCGGUGCUGGAUCCCUUUUGUGGAGCGGGAACAAUCCCAAUCGAGGCAGCCGCCUUGGCACACAAUCUACCACCAGGUAGACUCCGAGAGGCACCAUUGCGAGGCUUGACGUUCUAUGAUCCAGACGGAUGGAACCGAAUGGUAGAGUCUGCAGUUCGAAACAGCACCACUGGAGACAUGAAUGAGGAGCUUCAGAUUCUCGGUACGGAUCGAAACGAAGGGGCCAUUGCCAUAUCCGAACGCAAUGCUGCUCGUGCCUCAGUCGAUCAUUUAGUGAAAUUUCGACACCAAGCCAUUAGUUCGAAUCAAUGGUUCGAGAAUCCUUCACUCGCACCUAGUCGAACACUAGUGGUGUGCAAUCCUCCCUUUGGACAUCGCAUUUCCAAGGACACCAAAAAGAAGAAGGAUCCUUUCAGUUCCUCCUUGUUGCCACUCAUUCAAACCUUGGGACACAAACUCAUGAAGCUUAUUGGCCAAUCAGCUGAGGGUAAUAGUCGUCGUCAAGUGGCAGUCAACAUAUUGGGCACCAAUCCCAAUCUGAUCCGUCGAUCUGGCAUUCCCAAUCUCAAAGUAAGCUUUGCGUCCAAACACGGGGGAAUAAAUGUGUUUGCCCUUGGUCAGGCAUCAAGCGUCACAUGA